CGCCGCUCUGAGCCCUUUGAAGUCCUCAUUUAAUGUAGAGAGCUGCAUCUCUCACAUUUGAUAAGACAGUUGGGAGCCGUCGAGUAAGCGUCUACAGAUAGUUAAUAUUCCAAAGUAAACAUUACAUUAAAGUUUUGGAAAGUGGUAGCCUAUAAUUGAGAGAGUUUAUAAAAAUAUAUAUAUAUAUAUAACAAUAAGUGGAAUAAAUAAAUAGGCACUCGCGUAAUGGCAAAUCUUUUUUCCAAAAAAACCAUGAGGCUCAAGUGGAUGCGCGUGUCUCUUUUGAUCUUGGUUCUAUUCCUGGGUGACUCCCGCGGCUCCCAGGUGAAGUUUGGCCGCUUGGAUCGGUGGGUGAAGACCGGGUUUCAGUACCUGAAGUUAAACCUGUGCCGCAGGGUAUCUCUGUCUGAGGGCGAAUGUAAGCGGCUGUCCCAUCUUCAGCUCAGCGGGGUGGCCGUGUACGUUUCCGAGCCAAACUCCGAGAAAGUACUCGCCAUUCUCCCAGAUUCCUAUUCUUCAGGGAUGCUACCGCCGAAGCAGGGCGGUUACGGUAUGAGUUCGGUACUGGAGGACAGUAGAAGACAUCACGAUUUCUUCCCGGGAUCGACUGCGCAUGAUGCCGUGUUGGUGUUGGAUCCCAGUCCCGGAGAGAGUUUCGGACAUCCUGUGGUUCUCUUUUAUGUGGACCUAAACACGACCAAGAAAAAAUGUGCACAUAUGGAUGGAAUUUAUUUAGGAGAGGAGUGUCUGACCCUGGCCCUAAAGAGUCGCUGUCAGAACCAGCUGAAGCGUCGUCAGAGCGGCAGUGAGAGGCUGGCGGGGAGCGGGCGUGCCCGCAGGGCUACCGUGUCGAGGCCCAGGAGCAGCCCGGGGAGGAUUGAGCGCAGCGGGGCUCUCUGUGAGAUACAUUUCCUUCCCAUGGUGGUCGGGGUCAGGGAUAACAACCGGACGCAGAGGCUACGAUGCGUAGACCACCCAGACUUUGCCCAGUGCCCCCAGCCUCUGCCCCUCACCAGCCCCAACAUGCCAGUGUCCAGCUGUGAGCUCAACAAGAACACCAGGCGAUGCCACCAGCAGCCCCUGGCUACACACCUGUCCUGUCGUCUCUACCAGACCUGUGACCAUGCUAUACUGCUCUCAGGUGGAUGGCAGCAACAGAUCACGUACCAGCGUCACGUUCAGAACCUGCAGCUCUUCUACAGGAUGCUGAGGAACAACGGCUUCCACAGAGAUCACAUCAAGACCUUCUUCGCUGGGAACGGACAGCUCUCAGAGGAGUGGGUAUACCCAGCGACAGAGAAACGAGUGAUAAGGAACCACAUCUCGUAUAUCUGUGGGAAGCAGCACUGUGCAGACUCCCUGGUCCUCUACCUCAACAGCCCCACCAGGAACGACGGGACCAUGCUGCUCUGGGAUGGCAACUACAAUGGCAUAGCGGACCUGAAGGAGCGCUACAGUGUGGGAGAGCUGCUAGCGGACUUGGCAGGCUGCAGGGCGAGACGAGUACUAGUCUUCGUAGAGCAGAGUUACAGCGGGGCGCUUAGUAAGAGAUUGAAAGCAUCUCUGAAACACCUGAACGUGGUGCUGCUCAACAUAGCCGACAGCUGGGCCUCGCUGCACCCAGCAACAUGCCUUAUAGACCACCUGAGUAAGGAUUCAGGGAUGUCCCGACUCCUCGACCCCAAAUCCAGCCUCUUGGAUGUCAACCUAUCUGGUGCGCCCUGUAACACAACUCCACCUCUGAGCGAAGCAGAGAUGAGGAAGGAGUACAUGGGCUGUCAGAACCUCCCCACCGCCCUGUGGUACCAGAACCACAACCAGAACCUCCCCCCUGCUCUGUGGUACCAGAACCACAACUAGAUCGUCCCGACCACCCUGUGGUACCAGAAUCAGAACUUCCCAUCGCCAUGUGAUAUCAGAACCUCUCCACCGACCUGUGGUACCAGAACCAUAAACCACAACUAAAACCUACCCACUGCCCUAUGGUACCAGAACCCCCCCACCACCCUGUGGUACCAGAACCAGAACCAGAACCUUCCCAUCAUGCUGUGGCAUCAGAACCACACCAGAAUCUCCACACCGCCCUGUGGUACCAGAACCACAACUAGAACCAAUACCUCCCUACCGCCCUGUGGUAUCAGAACCACAGCUAGAACAUCCCCACCGUCCUGUGGUGUCAGAUCCCCCCCCACCACCCUGUGGUACCAGAACCACAACCAUAACCUUCUCAUCACCCUAUGGUACCAGGACCAGAUCCUCCCCACCACACUGUGAUACCAGGACCACAACCUCCCCACCACAAUGUGGUACCAGAACCUGAACCUCCCCACUGUCCUGUGGUACCAGAACCUGAACCUCCCCACUCUCCUGUGGUACCAGGACCAGAUCCUCCCCACUGUCCCUGUGGUACCAGGACCAGAACCUCCCCAUCAACCUGUGGUACAGGAACCACAACUAGAACCAGUCCCUCCCCACCGCCCUGUGGUACCAGUACCACAACUAGAACCUCCCCACCGGUCUGUGGUACCAGGGCCACAACUAGAACCUCCCCACCGGUCUGUGGUACCAGAACCACAACUAGAACCUCCCCACCGGUCUGUGGUACCAGGGCCACAACUAGAACAUCCCCACCGGUCUGUGGUACCAGAACCACAACCAGAACCUUCACAGCACCUUGUGGUACCAGAACCACAUCCCAGAACCGACACAGACCCCUGGACAGAAUUUUAUUUUGAAAGAACACUCAGACUCAUACACACACAUGCACACACACACACACACACACACACACACACACACACACACACACACACACACACACACACACACACACACACACACACACACACACACACACACACAGACGCAGACACAAAUAACAAGACAAGAGAAGACAACACACACAGACAGACAUACCUAACAACACAAGAGAAGACCACACACAGACAGACACAAAUAACAACACAGACAGACACAAAUAACAAGACAAUAGACAACACACAGACCGAAUCACAGAGAAGGCUAGUUGCUUUGUCAAUCACACACUAGAUGAUGGCUUGACAUUGGGAGUCAUUUCUGUUACAACACAUUCUUAUUUAAGUGUAUCUUUUGAGCCCACAUACAUAUAGUACUGCAGGAUUUGUGCUAGUGAUGGAGGAAAAAAGUCCCGUUACAUUUCGCAAUAUUAUUUUUGACGAUUAUUAUUGACGAAUUGAUAGUUUGACUACAAGUAUCGAUUUAAAAAAAUAAUAAAAAUGAAAAAAAAAACACCUGCCUUUUUUUUUGCUAGGUAGCGUUAGCUAGAGCUAGGUAGUGUUAGCUAGAGCUAGGUCGUGUUAGCUAGAGCUAGGUAGUGUUAGCUAGAGCUAGGUAGUGUUAGCUUGCACUAGGUAGUGUUAACUAGAGCUAGGUAGUGUUAGCUAGCGCUAGGUAGUGUUAGCUUGAGCUAGGUAGUGUUAACUAGAGCUAGGUAGUGUUAGCUUGAGCUAGGUAGUGUUAACUAGAGCUAGGUCGUGUUAGCUAGAGCUAGGUAGUGUUAGCUAGAGCUAGGUCGUGUUAGCUAGAGCUAGGUAGUGUUAGCUAGCGCUAGGUAGUGUUAGCUUGAGCUAGGUAGUGUUAACUAGAGCUAGGUAGUGUUAGCUUGAGCUAGGUAGUGUUAGCUAGAGCUAGGUAGUGUUAGCUAGAGCUAGGUCGUGUUAGCUAGAGCUAGGUAGUGUUAGCUAGCGCUAGGUAGUGUUAGCUUGAGCUAGGUAGUGUUAACUAGAGCUAGGUAGUGUUAGCUUGAGCUAGGUAGUGUUAGCUAGAGCUAGGUAGUGUUAGCUAGCGCUAGGUAGUGUUAACUAGAGCUAGGUAGUGUUAGCUAGAGCUAGGUAGUGUUAGCUUGAGCUAGGUAGUGUUAGCUAGCGCUAGGUAGUGUUAGCUAGCGCUAGGUAGUGUUAGCUAGCUCUUGUCGGCUGUACUAGCCUGUUCUCUUUCUUUUUAAAUAGUGAACCAACAUACAGUAUUUUCAGCACUUUUAUUUCCAUGACUGAUCCAAUCUAACUAACAUAUAGUGAGCAAUAUGUAUACAACUUCAAAUCACAAUCAAGUAUCGAAUCACAAAAUAUAUAGAAUCGUGAGAAUCGUGAGAAUAGCAAUACAUACAGAAUCGUGAGAAUAGCAAUACAUUUCGUUUCGGCACCUAAGUGUCAUGAUAAUUGUCGUAUCGUGAGUUCCCUGGUGAUUCCCAGCCCUGAAAGGACACUUUCAGAUCUGUACCAAGGACCGGAGAGAGAGGGACUCUGACAGUUAAAUGUGUAUAUGGAAGGGAAGAGGAGCGGACGAGGGAAGAGGACGGGACGGUGUGUUUGAUUGUCCUCACUCUGAACCCCGGCAUCAUCACCACGGACGCUUGGUGACGGACAGGGAGUAGAGGAGGGGGAAACAUCCCAAGAGGACCACCCUGUCCUGUGCCAGCUAGCGGCAGCUCCUGACGGUUGGGUACAGACUGUGAAGAGGUUCAGAUAGAGGACACCAGAGCCUCUGGACGACUUACCUCCCUCUCUAGGUCUCUGAACAAGGUGACAAUGGAUGCGUCCCCAGAGCCACCCUAUUCCCUACACAGUGCACUACUUUAGACCAGAGCCCUAUGGCACCCUAUUCCCUAUAUAGUACACUACUUUAGACCAGAGCGUAUUCCCUAUAUAGUGCACUACUUUAGACCAGAGCCCUAUGGCACCCUAUUCCCUAUAUAGUACACUACUUUAGACCAGAGCGUAUUCCCUAUAUAGUGCACUACUUUAGACCAGAGCCCUAUGGCACCCUAUUCCCUAUAUAGUACACUACUUUAGACCAGAGCGUAUUCCCUACACAGUGCACUAUUUAGACCAGAGCCCUAUGGCACCCUAUUCCCUAUAUAGUACACUACCUUAGACCAGAGCGUAUUCCCUACACAGUGCACUGCUUUUGACCAGAGCCCUAUGGCACCCUAUUCCCUAUAUAGUACACUACUUUAGACCAGAGCCUAUUCCCUACACAGUGCACUACUUUAGACCAGAGCCCUAUGGCACCCUAUUCCCUAUAUAGUACACUACUUUAGACCAGAGCCUAUUCCCUACACAGUGCACUACUUCAGACCAGGGGCUUUAUUCAAAUAAUGCCACUCUGCAACACAUCAUGCCUGCUUUAACAUUUCUCCCAGAGCAACCAAGCCCAGCACAGCCCUCAGCCCAGACAGCAGACACCUCAGUAAGACAGCUGUGUCCAGUGUUGGCUUACUGCUCUAUGAUUUAAUGAUGAGAACGCGGCCUGCUCCAGUCCUGUCCUCAGAGCAGACUGUCUCCAGUCCUGUCCUCAGAGCAGACUGUCUCCAGUCCUGUCCUCAGCUCAGACUGUCUCCAGUCCUGUCCUCAGAGCAGACUGUCUCCAGUCCUGUCCUCAGAGCAGACUGUCUCCAGUCCUGUCCUCAGAGCAGACUGUCUCCAGUCCUGUCCUCAGAGCAGACUGUCUCCAGCCCUGUCCUCAGCACAGACUGUCUCCAGUCCUGUCCUCAGAGCAGACUGUCUACAGUCCUGUCCUCAGAGCAGACUGUCUCCAGUCCUGUCCUCAGAGCAGACUGUCUCCAGUCCUGUCCUCAGCUCAGACUGUCUCCAGCCCUGUCCUCAGAGCAGACUGUCUCCAGUCCUGUCCUCAGAGCAGACUGUCUCCAGCCCUGUCCUCAGCACAGACUGUCUCCAGUCCUGUCCUCAGAGCAGACUGUCUACAGUCUCUCUGUCCCCUACCUUCUCUUCUCUCUGUCCUCUACCUUCUCCCUGUACCCUACCUUCUCUAAUCUCUGUCCUCCACCUUCUCUUCUCUCUGUCCUCUACCUUCUCUUCUCUCUGUC